UCCUGGCCCAACUUGACCGGAAGGGUUGGCCUCGCUUAGCCGCACAAUCGCGACUCUCUGAAUUCCCACCUAACCGAUUCCCCUUCUCCAUGACCUAACGCUUUGUCUCCGGUCUCCCUCCCUCUCCCAAGCAAGCUCUCAUCCCCAUCCAAUCGAGUCUCUGGCGCCGGCGCCUUCCGAUCCUCGAUUCCUUGGUUCUUGGCUCGUCUCUUCUAUCAUCAGGCGACUCGAUCUCGUCCCAGCGCCUUGAUCUUGUUCUAUUAUCCAGCGCCGGCGAUCUUCGAGCCAUUUGGCCCCCGACGUCCCAGAUUCUUUGGUUCGGGUUGCCUCCUUAAGGUACUGAAGGUUGUUUAUUGCAAUGGCGGCCUUAAAAGCUUUUUGGAACAGCCCGGUCGGUCCCAAGACAACUCAUUUCUGGGGACCUGUUGCCAACUGGGGCUUCGUUAUAGCCGGUUUGGUAGAUAUGCAGAAACCCCCAGAAAUGAUCUCUGGCAACAUGACUGCAGCCAUGUGUGUCUAUUCAGGACUCUUCAUGAGGUUUGCAUGGAUGGUGAAGCCACGAAAUUACCUGCUUCUAGCAUGUCAUGCCUCUAAUGAAUCAGUUCAGCUUUAUCAGCUAUCGCGUUGGGCAAAAGCCCAAGGAUACUUGGAUAAGAAAGAACCAGAGGUGAACCAGUAACUUCCAGGAGCUUCUUCAAAAGUGUUAUUGUGUAACUCAAUAAAAGGAUAGUGUGUAACUCAAGCUUCUUAUUGAUCAGACAGCACCAGAAUCUUUCAUGCUGAACCAUUAUUUUGCAUGAAAAUUACCCCCUGGGAGUCCCAUUUUGUUCACAAACAAGUCCAAUUUACUCAUACAUGAUGGUAUGUUUCGUUGCUUCUGGAAUCCUGAUGAGCUGCCUGGAUUUAAGAACCCCUUUUGAGUAUGACAAGGCUCCAUGCCAGAUUUAGAUGCAUGUAUUAAGUUGAUCAAACCAUUUGUUGGCUUCACUCUAGUAUGUCCUGAUCAUCUAUUUGGCUUAUGAUGAAUGGAGCCACUGGACAG